AUGAAACUGUUGUUAUUCUUAACGCUUUGCAUGACUCUCGUCUUUGUUGCAGCUGAACCCAGUUUUGUAGAAGAUGAAUAUUUAGAAGACGCAGAGGAAAAUGAUGCGCGUCAUCAUUUGCGCCGCGUAAGUCAUCAAUUUAAAAUGUACCAAUCGUAAAAAUGUACAGCAUUUUUUUCGUGCUUAAUGUGAUAAGCUAUAUAUAACUCUUUGAAAAAUGGAGGUGGAAAACAGAUUUCUUUUUUUCAUGUUCUUGUUGCUUUGAGCGCAUAUCUCUUUGCCCUCAAGGCUUUUCGAACACCACUUUUCUCAAAAGUACACAUCAAAACGAACUGUGAAUACAAUGAUCAUAUUUAUUUGGGACAGUCCAGUUCAAGUUCACUUGAAGCAAAUGCACGAGUUCUCAAAUUUACAAAGUAUGGACCAGGUUCAAUAGUUGCGAACCCUUCAAUGUAUCGUUUCCAGUAAGCGAGUAUGAAGUAGGUGUCACUAAGGGCCUAAUGCCUUUCCUCCAUAUUCAGUGCCAAAAAAAUGAAGACUGCAAAGCUGGAGAAUGUUGCAGACUUUACUGGUACUGGUUUUGGAAACGCAGGUGCUUUAAACAGAGGACAGAAAAUCAAACAUGCCUUCUGAAAACUGUAAGUGUGUUUCACUUUUUUCGUCGAUCAUGAUUGAAAGCUAAUACUUCCACUACCAAAUUUUGCUAACAGUCGAUGAAAACACUUAGAACAAAAGAAAUCUGAGGCAAUAACAACAAAAAUAAAAUCCUUAAAUGAUUUUCCAUUGCACUUGCAGCAAAGUAAAUCAUAGAAACUCUCUCAAGUUUCAUAAAGACAACCAAAUAAAUAUCACAUAGUUUAAUUCAUUUCCGGCAUCUUAUUUUCCUUUUUCUUCAGUCUAGCGGAAACUGUCAUAACGGUUGUGCAGAUGGUCUGGAGUGUGUAAAAUGUGGAGACCCUGAUUUUCGUCACCAUAAUAGGGGCAAGUGUAUUCGUCCGCUCCCACCCACUGAGGAACCAGGCUCUGGGGAUAUAGACGACUAAGGGAAGAAUACCAGAAAAUACAUGUGACACAUGUUGUAAUACAAGUCGAAAUGAUAUAAUUACGAUUGAACAUGUGGAUUAGUAAACUGUCCGGACGAUCAAUAAAAAGUGUGUGAACUG